UUCCGAGCACUUACCGGCAUAUAAAAAACUCCGAAUCGGAGAGUACCCAACACGCUCCACUCCACCGCCUGCGAAAACUUUUCAAAUUUUCGCAAACGAAACUCCCCGCCAUCAAAAUCCAUUCCCUUUCUGUCUCCGCGUGAAACUGACGCAGCUAGCGAUCUCCCAUUCUACUGGUGCGUGUUAAACACUCGCACUUGUUUCGAGUGAGUCCAGUUCCAGAAUAUUCGGUGAUAUAAUGCUUCACAGGCACGACUCUUAGGUGCACCCCCAAACGCGUAACCUGGUCCACGGUCUCUCACGAACCCACCGUUGUCGUACACCUGUGUAGAUUCAAUAAAACGACGAUCGUUUUGAGAAGGAGAGAGAAAGUCGAUGAGUUCUAGAGAGAGAAAGUGAGAGACAGUGCUAGAUCUGAUCGGAACCAAGGUAAACCAGCUUCGAAACCCUACUGAAUCUCCCUCUCUCUCUUGAUCUUCAUGCGUUUUUUUUUUUUAUGAUUCUGAUUCUUCGUUUCUCUUUUCUCUCUUGGUUCUGAUAAGGUUACGAGUGAACCCUAGAAUUUUGAAGAUUGAUUUGGCGGUGGAAAAUUCCUAAAAUUUUAGGGUUUUGAUUACCGGUUCUUUUAUUAUUGUAUUUUUCGAGAUUGUUCGAUUUGAAGGUGCAUAAAACCCUAGGAUUUUGGGGACUUUUUUGGAUUGGUUUUGGAAUUAGGGUUUUGGAUGUAUGGCUUCGGGGCCUACGGAUGGAGCUAAAGAGAGGCAGAGAUACAUCGAAGGUAAGGUUUACAGAAGGAGAGUUUUCAGAGGUACCAAGAGAAACCCUAACGUAGGGGAUACUGUAGCUUCUGCCACCACAAAUGCUAAAGAUAAUAAAGUUCCCACUACUACAGUCACCAAUGAUAUCGAUGAUAACAAGAACAUUAAUAACGAUGAAGCCAAGAGUAAUGUUUUGGCUCAGCCAGUGGUUCCUCAAUUGGCGGUGUCGGAGGAUGGGGAUUUAGCUCAGGCUGAAGGGAGUUCAAGAUUGGAGGAUGGAAAUUCACCACAACAGCAAUUGGAGGACCAGAAUUUGGGUGGGGAACAAGUGAGUUCAAGAACAGGGGAUGGGAAUUCACCUCAGCGGCAAUUAAAGGAGCAGAAUUUGGCUCAGCCACAAGCAAGUUUGAGAACAGGGGAUGAGAAUUCACCCCAGCAGCUAUUCCAGGACCAGAAAUUGGUUGGGCAACAAGUGGGUUCAAGAACAGAGGAUGGGAAUUCACCUCAGCAGUUAAAGGAGAAGAAUUUGGCUCAGCCUCAAGCAAAUUUGAGAACAGAUGAUGGGAAUUCACCCCAACAGAAUUUGGAGGACCAGAAGUUGGUUGGGCAACACGUGAGUUCAAGAACAGAGGAUGGGAAUUCACCUCAGCAGCAAUUAAAGGAGCAGGAUUCGGCUCAGCCACAAGCAAGUUUGAGAACAGGGGAUGGGAAUUCACCCCAGCAGCUAUUCGAGGGCCAGAGUUUGGGUCAGCCACAAACGAGUUCGAGAACAGGGGAUGGGAAUUCACCCCAGCAGCUAUUUGAGGACCAGAGUUUGGGUCAGCCACAAACGAGUUCGAGAACAGGGGAUGGGAAUUCACCCCAGCUGCAAUUUGAGGACCAGAAUUUGGCUCAGGCACAUGUGAGUUCAAGAGCAGGGGAUAAGAAUUCACCCCGGCCUCAAAGCUCAACCCAUAAGGAUGUGAAUUCUCCUCAGCCUCAGGAAAAUUCAAGACCAGAUGAUGGGAACAUUUCUCAGCUAGAAGUGAGUUCAAGAUUGGAGGACGGGAGUUUGCCUCACCCGGAAUUAAUUUCCAAGUUGGAUGACAGGGCUUCUCUGCAGCAAGAUAAUUCAGUGUUGGAAGAUGAGGAUUUGUCUCAGCCACAAGUGAAUUUGGGAUUGGAUGAAGGGAGUUCACUUCAACCACUAGUCAAUUCCACAUUAGAGGAUCAGAAUCUGGCUCAGCCGCCCUCGCCACCAGUUUCUGACCACUUGCACAGCCAUCAGCAGCCCGAGCCUUCUAACGUCAAUAUACGGCGGGAGGAUGAUAGAUCUUCAAGCCCCAUCCAUAAUCACGGGGCAAUUUCCGAUGACUUGCAUAACCAUCAGCAGGCUGAACCUUCUAACCCCAAUGUUCAGCAGGAGGAUGAUGGACCUUUGAGCCCCAUUUAUGGGCAUGGGGCAGUUCCUAGCACUGGGUAUCGACAUUCUGAGAAUAUGACCGUGGAGCCGAGUCAAGAGGACCGAUUCAAGAUCAAUCUGGCCUUGAAGUCAAAGCAGGAGAAACAAGAGAUACGCUGGAAGCUUGAAAAUGAGCUUGGUGUAGUGAGAAAUUUGGUCAAGAAGAUUGAAGUGAAACAGGGGCAUGUUGGUGCUUAUGGCAAUUCAAAUGUAGGUGUUUAUGGAAAUUCAAAUGUAGGUGCUUAUGGAAAUUCAAAUGUAGGUGCUUAUAGCAAUUCAAAUGUAGGUGCUUAUGGCAAUUCAAAUGUAGUGUUGGGUGGUGGGAUCUCUAAUGGAGGUGGAGCAAAGCGUGCUCACUCAGAGGUAGCAUCUGCUGGUGUUUCGCGACAACCUACCAGGCCUUUGCACCAGUUAAGUUUUCCAAUGUUCCAUAAUAGUCAAGGGGUCGGUGAAAAUGUUGAGAAGGAAAAGAGAAUGCCUAAAGCAAACCAGUUUUAUCAUAACUCAGAGUUCCUGCUUGCAAAAGAUAAAUUCCCACCUGCAGAGAGCAACAAGAAGUCAAAAUUGAAUUGGAAGAAGCAAGGUGGUGGAGAAAUGGGUCCUGGGCUUCGAAUGGGAUCCAAGUUUUUCAAGAGCUGUAGUUCACUGCUUGAAAAAUUGAUGAAACACAAGCAUGGGUGGGUGUUUAAUUCUCCUGUUGAUGUCGAGGGUCUUGGUUUGCAUGACUAUUUUACGAUCAUCACUCAUCCAAUGGACUUAGGAACUGUGAAGACAAGGCUGAACAAGAAUUGGUACAAAUCACCGAAGGAAUUUGCAGAGGAUGUGAGACUCACUUUUGAUAAUGCUAUGACAUAUAAUCCAGAGGGACAGGAUGUUCAUGUGAUGGCAGAGCAAUUAUCAAAGGUUUUCGAGGACAGGUGGGCUAUAAUAGAGUCAGAUUACAAUCGUGAGAUGAGAUUUGGCAUGGAGUAUGGUGCACCUUCACCUUUGCCUAGAAGGGCUCCUACGUUUACUCCACCGCCUCUAGAUAUGCGACGAAUUUUGGACAGAUCUGAAUCUUUGGCACGAACUCCAAGAUCUAUGAACAAUACUCCAUCAAGUAGAACCCCAGCCCCAAAAAAGCCAAAGGCAAAAGAUCCGAAUAAAAGAGACAUGACAUUUGAUGAAAAGCAAAAACUAAGCACAAACCUUCAGGGUUUACCUCCAGAGAAGCUUGAUGCUAUUGUACACAUCAUUAAGAGGAGAAAUUUAGCCUUGAAUCAACAUGAUGAUGAAAUUGAAGUGGACAUUGACAGCGUGGAUGCUGAGACUCUUUGGGAGCUUGAUAGAUUUGUGACCAACUAUAAGAAAAGUUUGAGCAAGAACAAGAGGAGGGCUGAAGUUGCUCGAGCGAGAGCAGAAGCUUUGCAGAAUUCCAUCCAGAGGAGCCAGCCACCAGCUAUGAUAGAGAUUUCUAGAGAACCACAAGCAGAUGAAAGAAAUGUUCCCCCAUCCUUGCCUAUGCAAGGGGGGAGUCAAGCAGAUAAUAGAAGUAGAUCAAGUAGUUCAAGCAGCUCUAGUAGUGAUUCUGGGUCUUCUUCAAGUGAUUCUGAUAGUGACAGUUCCUCAGCCUCGGGAUCUGAUGCAGGGUCACAAGGAACCUGAUAUAAUGCUAGAUGUUAGAUGUUUAGAUUAGAGAUAAUGAUGGCGACAGUUGCCUAGUUGAUGUUUGAAGGUUGAAGAUUAACAGUUGGGGAUAAUAGUGGAAGGGCGUGGGAAAUCCUACUGAUGUAGUAUGGGAGUUUUGGUUCCCACAUUUCUUGUAUAAUAAUGUUUGGUAGGAUGUGAUGAUAUAAUUAAUUAGGUAGGGUAGUUAGUGUCCCGUAGCAUGUGUACAUUGCUAACUACUGCUGCGCAUUGAGUUUCCUUGAUGACAAUUUUAUUGUUUGUGGUGGCAGAUUCAUGAAUUUUGGUGUUAUACAAAAAUAAUACUUGUCAUGUAAUUUUCUACAUCUUCAUAAUACCAUUCCAUGUACUAAGCUUACAACUGUGAAAUAUUUAUUCAAGGGAGAAUUCAAUC